CCGGGGCCUCGUGGGGGAAAAGAGGCCAGAGGUCUGGGACCGAGCCGGGGGUGAGCGCACUCAGGAGCCCCCCUCGACACCCCCCCACCGCCCGCGCCGCCCGUCCCGGAGCGCGGAGUUCCGAGCGACCCCGGGCGCUGCGGAUACAAAGGCGCCGGGCCGAGCGAGCGCGGCGUCCGCAGCAGCCUGCCCGGCAGUUUGCAGCGGCGGCUCCUGCCUGUGUUCUUCUGCCUUCAUCCGGGUGUCUACUCAUCUUCCUGCUUUCCUUCAUCAAGUUCCUCUUUCUGAACUGACCUGAAACCUGAAAUUUCUCCUCUUACCCUCUACAGGAACGUCGCUUGAAUUUCUCUGAGAUAAGCCCACCCGUCCAGCAAAAUAGAGUCCCUCAGGGUGACAGUCGAUUUCCUAAAGGUGCCUCUUGGCCUGAAGAAGCCGGUGCUGAAGGAGGUGGCUGUGGGGCCCCCCAAGAGGCCCCAGCCCGCGGCCCUGGAGCGCUACAAGGCUCGGCGUUCGGACGCCAUGGACACCGAGUCCCAGUACUCGGGCUAUUCCUACAAGUCGGGCCACUCCCGCAGCUCCCGCAAGCACAGGGACCGCCGAGACCGACACCGGUCCAAGAGCCGAGAUGGGAGCCGUGGAGACAAGUCGGUGACCAUUCAGGCUCCAGGAGAGCCCCUCCUGGACAAUGAGUCCACGCGGGGGGAUGAGCGGGAUGACAACUGGGGCGAAACCACAACCGUAGUCACAGGCACCUCUGAGCACAGCAUCUCCCACGAUGACCUCACGCGCAUUGCCAAGGACAUGGAGGACAGUGUCCCGCUGGACUGCUCGCGUCACCUGGGCGUGGCCGCGGGGGCCACGCUGGCACUGCUGUCGUUCCUCACGCCGCUGGCGUUCCUGCUGCUGCCCCCACUGCUGUGGCGGGAGGAGCUCGAGCCGUGUGGGACGGCCUGCGAGGGCCUCUUCAUCUCUGUGGCCUUCAAGCUGCUCAUUCUGCUGCUGGGCAGCUGGGCUCUGUUCUUCCGCCGGCCCAAGGCCUCGCUGCCCCGCGUCUUCGUGCUGCGCGCGCUGCUCAUGGUGCUGGUCUUCCUGCUCGUUGUCUCUUACUGGCUCUUCUACGGUGUGCGCAUCCUCGACGCCCGUGAGCGCAGCUACCAGGGCGUGGUGCAGUUCGCCGUGUCGCUGGUGGACGCCCUGCUCUUCGUGCACUACCUGGCUGUGGUCCUGCUGGAGUUGCGGCAGCUCCAGCCCCAGUUCACGCUCAAGGUCGUGCGCUCCACCGAUGGGGCCAGCCGCUUCUACAAUGUCGGUCAUCUCAGCAUCCAGCGUGUGGCAGUAUGGAUCCUGGAGAAGUAUUACCAUGACUUCCCUGUCUACAACCCCGCCCUCCUCAACCUGCCCAAGUCCGUCCUGGCCAAGAAAGUGUCUGGCUUCAAGGUGUAUUCUCUCGGAGAGGAAAACAGCACCAACAACUCCACUGGCCAGUCUCGGGCUGUGAUCGCAGCGGCGGCCCGGCGGCGGGACAACAGCCACAAUGAGUACUACUAUGAGGAGGCCGAGCAUGAGCGCAGGGUGCGCAAGCGCAGGGCCAGGCUCGUGGUGGCAGUGGAGGAGGCCUUCACUCACAUUAAGCGGUUACAAGAAGAGGAACAGAAGAACCCUAGGGAGGUGAUGGACCCCCGUGAGGCAGCCCAAGCCAUCUUCGCCUCCAUGGCCCGUGCCAUGCAGAAGUACCUUCGAACCACCAAACAGCAGCCUUACCACACCAUGGAGAGCAUCCUGCAGCACCUAGAGUUCUGCAUCACGCAUGACAUGACGCCCAAGGCCUUCCUGGAGCGGUACUUGGCAGCGGGGCCUACCAUCCAGUACCACAAAGAACGUUGGCUGGCCAAACAGUGGACACUAGUGAGCGAGGAGCCGGUGACCAAUGGGCUUAAAGAUGGCAUCGUUUUUCUCUUAAAGCGCCAGGACUUCAGUCUGGUGGUGAGCACCAAGAAGGUGCCGUUCUUCAAACUCUCUGAGGAAUUUGUGGAUCCCAAGUCGCACAAGUUUGUCAUGAGGCUGCAGUCGGAGACCUCGGUGUGACUGGCCCAGCGGUGGGGUGGGGCCGUGCGCAGGGUGGGAGGGGCUUGGACCUCAGCCCAGACAUGCCUGCCACCCUUCCCCUCUCGCUCUUGUUUUUUUACUUGAAUUAACUUAUCCCUUGCCUGGUCCCCAUCCCUCUUCCCUGUUUUUACCCCAUGGGAACCUGGAGAGACCGACCUGCUGUCUACAGUGUCUGGGGACUCUCUUUACCCCCAGUUUUAUAUCACUACAGGCCCUGCAGGAAACAGUGCCUCUCCCUCCCCUUCCCCGGGCUUUGGACGGUCCUCCCUUCUGAAAGGGCACGUGGCCUCCUGAUUGUACCCCCCCCCCCCAGUUCCUGCUCACAAACUCAACUUCUGGUAGCAUUUCUCCUCGGUGGCCCCUGACAGGGAUUCUUGGAGGUAGGGGUGGGGUAAGGGGGACACAAAUCUGACCCAGAGAGCCAUGGUGUCACAUUCCUCCAGGACAGCAGCUAACACCCCCUUCCCCCUCUCCCCACCCGGAACAAAGCUAAGUUCCUGGGGAGGAUGCUCCUGCCACAGCGGCCCCAGAGUUAGGGAUCUCCCUGCAGCGUCACUUGCUUCCAGCCACUAAAGCUGCCCUUCCAGUGGACACAGGUACAGAGCAAGGGAAAACCUGCCCAUUACCCAGAAGUCUCCACUGCUGUUUCUGACGUGUAUGUUCCUGUGACCAUAGGCAAGCUGAGAUGGAAACCCUCUGACCACCACCUUACCAGGACCGUGUGUG